UGCGUGUGCCCUCCAUUCCCUUCCAUUAUGUCGACACUCUUCUCUCAUGCCCCUUCUUCCUUCCUUCCCACUUCUCCACUUCCUUCUUCCUUCUCUCUCUUUCUUUUUCUUCCCCUUUUUCUCUCUUUUUCGUCGCCGACCGCUCGCUGUCGCUGCUUUAUUUUUAAACCCAAAUGAACCCUUCUCCUCGCCGAACGCCGCAUCAAUCACUCCUCUUCGCCUGAUUCCAUUUCAGCCACUUUUCCCAUUCCGAAGAUCCAGAUUUGGGUUCUUCACAGUCACUGCCUCUUCUUAAUUCCUUGCUCAAACUUUCUUCUUCUCUCAUGUUCUUCCUCGAGAAUUUGUGGCAGAUGCUCUGUGUUCAAGGUUUCCAGGAUAAAGCUCGAGUUCUCUCCGAGUCUCUUAUCCGGACCGUAUCCGAAUCCAUGGGCAAUUCGGAUUGUGGCGUCUCGGAGUUAGAACUCUGUAGAGACGAUUCGGCUGCGUUUCAUUUCAAAUUAAUCGCCAUCGCCUCCAUUCUCACAUCGGGAGUCAUCGGAAUCGCCAUUCCAUUGUUUGGCAGCCAGCGCCGGUUUCUCAAAACAGACGGAAAUCUGUUCGUGACGGCGAAGGCGUUUGCCGCCGGUGUAAUUCUCGCCACCGCUUUUGUGCACAUGCUUCCGGACGGAUCGAAAGCCCUCUCCGAUCCGUGCUUGCCGAAAUUCCCAUGGUCGAAAUUCCCCUUCUCGGGAUUCUUCGCGAUGAUGGCGUCGCUGUUGACACUCCUCGUCGAUUUCGUCGGGACUCAAUACUACGAGCGAAAACAGGGGGUGAUUCGAUCGAAAGAGGAGGAGAACCGGGUCGGGUCGGUGGAAGAUUCCGGGUUGGAAUCGGGCAUUCUUCCGGCCGGAGAUUUGAACGUGAAAGUGUUCGGGGAAGAAGACGGCGGCGCGAUGCACAUCAUUGGAAUGCAUGCCCACGCCGCCCACCAUCGUCACAGUCAUCCGCAGGGGAAGGAGGCAUGUGAUGGGCACGUGAGAGUCCACGAUCAUGGCCAUGGAGGACAUGGUCAUUCUCAUGGGCUUGACGGCGACGAUGACGAAAGCGGUGUACGACAUGUCGUUGUUUCCCAGAUUUUGGAGCUUGGGAUAGUGUCACAUUCAGUGAUAAUUGGACUGUCUCUGGGAGUGUCCCACAGCCCAUGCACCAUUAGACCCUUAAUUGCAGCCCUGUCCUUCCAUCAGUUCUUUGAAGGCUUUGCCCUGGGCGGCUGCAUCUCUCAGGCUCAGUUCAACACCCUCUCCACCUCCCUCAUGGCUGUCUUCUUCGCCAUCACCACGCCCAUCGGCAUUGCCAUAGGCACGGCGGUCGCCUCCACCUACAACCCGAACAGCACUGGGGCGUUGAUUGCAGAAGGGAUUUUGGACUCUCUAUCCGCGGGAAUUCUGGUGUACAUGGCUUUGGUUGAUUUGAUCGCAGCUGACUUUCUUAGCAAGAGAAUGAGCUGCAAUUUUAGACUCCAAAUUGUUUCUUAUUGUACUCUAUUUCUCGGGGCGGGGCUGAUGUCUUCGCUCGCUCUCUGGGCUUGACUUCAAAUUCUAUUUCUUUUCCUGUUCUUUGAAGUUGUAUUACAAGGAAGCAUAGCGAAUUCAUGGCUUCCAGAAGGGUUUGAAAGUACCCAACGCUUUAGAUAGAUUCUGUACACUUAAAAAGUAUCUCCUCUGAAAUUGUUCAAUGCCAACUCAAAAGGGGUCUAUUGGAUUCGCCAUCCAACAGGGGCAUGGUUUGUUGAUA